CCGGAAGUCUCAGUGUUUUGGUAAAGGCUGCGGAAGGAGCUGUCAGUUGCGUUCCACCAAGAGAGGCUAUUUCUUCUGCUAAAGCGUCGCUAAUUUAAACGACAAAUGUAAUUUCCCUAACACAAGGCCAAAAUGGGAUUCACACCGAGGCGCUUCAUGGGUUCCAAACCGCCCAAAGCAUCUCUUUUGCUGCCUUUCCUGCUACCGGUCCUACUCGUCGGUGGCCAAGGCGACGAGAACGCCGCUCUGGAUAAUGUCGUUACCGAGAGGAUGGCCGAGGAGAGCCACCGACAAGAUAGUGCCUAUUUGCUCAUAUUCAUAAUGCUACUAACGCUCACCAUCCUCACCAUAUGGCUCUUCAAGCACCGCCGCUUCAGGUUCCUGCACGAAACAGGGCUUGCUAUGAUCUACGGUCUCUUGGUGGGUGUGAUCCUGCGCUUUGGCAUUCAUGUGCCCCAAAGCAUGAGCGACACGGUCCUCGAAUGUGCCGUCAACGCCAGCCCUGCCACUCUGCUGGUCAACGUCAGCGGAAGAUUCUAUGAAUAUACGCUUAAGGGGGAAGUAAGCCGGGGAAAAGACAACCAAGUGCAGGAUGAUGAGAUGCUGCGAAAGGUGACCUUUGACCCAGAGGUGUUUUUCAACAUUUUACUGCCUCCCAUAAUCUUCCAUGCAGGUUACAGUCUGAAAAGGAGACAUUUUUUCAGAAACAUUGGCUCCAUCCUGACCUAUGCUUUCAUGGGAACUGUCAUAUCCUGCUUUGUUAUUGGGCUCAUCAUGUAUGGCUUUGUGUCCUUCAUGAAAGUUGUGGGUCAGCUUGGGGGGGAUUUUUUCUUUACUGACUGCCUCUUUUUUGGGGCCAUUGUCUCGGCAACAGACCCAGUGACCGUUCUGGCAAUCUUCAACGAGCUGAAGGUAGACGUGGAUCUGUACGCUCUGCUGUUUGGGGAGAGCGUUCUCAACGAUGCUGUGGCCAUCGUCCUCUCGUCCUCCGUUGUGGCAUACCAGCCUGCGGGGGACAACAGCCACAGCUUCGAAGCCAUGGCUGUGCUGAAAUCCUUCGGCAUCUUCCUGGGUGUCUUCAGUGGAUCUUUUUCUCUUGGUGUGGCUACUGGAGUCAUGACUGCUUUUGUGACAAAGUUUACUAAGCUGAGGGACUUCCCUUUACUGGAAACUGGUUUAUUUUUCCUGAUGUCCUGGAGCACCUUUCUGUUGGCAGAGGCCUGCGGGAUGACAGGUGUUGUGGCGGUGCUGUUCUGUGGGAUCACGCAGGCUCAUUACACCUACAACAAUCUUUCUCGUGAUUCUCAAGACAGGACUAAACAGUUGUUUGAGCUGUUGAACUUCCUGGCAGAAAACUUCAUCUUUUCCUACAUGGGUCUGACGCUCUUCUCCUUUCAGUCACACGUUUUCAACCCGAUGUUCAUCAUCGGAGCCUUCUUGGCCGUAUUUCUGGGCAGGGCUGCAAACAUCUACCCCUUGUCCUUCCUGCUCAACCUGGGCCGUAAAAACAAGAUUGGAAUGAACUUUCAACAUGUUAUGAUGUUUGCAGGUCUGCGUGGGGCGAUGACUUUCGCUCUGUCUAUCCGGGACACAGCUACUUACGCCCGUCAGAUGAUGUUUUCGACCACCCUGCUGAUUGUGUUCUUCACUGUGUGGAUCUGUGGAGGGGGGACUACGCCCAUGCUGUCUUUCAUGAGCAUACCAGUGGGAGUGGAUUCCGAUCAAGAGCACUCCAGUUCAGCGGUGUUGGAUGGGUCGCAGAGGAGAAGCACCAAGCAUGAGAGCGCCUGGCCCUUCAGGAUCUGGUAUAACUUCGACCACAACUACCUGAAGCCCCUCCUGACUCACAGCGGGCCCCCUCUCACUGCUACUCUGCCGGCUUGCUGUGGCCCCCUGGCACGAUGCCUCACCAGUCCACAGGCCUAUGAGAACGAAGGGCCGCUUCACGACGAUGACUCCGACUUCAUCCUGAACGACGCCAACGUCAGCUCCAUGUACGCCGACGUCACCGUCAGCACUGACGCAUCCGGGUCCCGCACCAUCAACCCUAAGCACUCCGGCGCCGGGCCGUUCAAAGAUAGCCGGGAUGGUGAGCUGGACUCGGUGGAGCGAGACGUGGCGAUCCGCGGCACGCGGCUUGUCCUGCCGAUGGACGACCCUUUGGAGCCCCCAACAACCGUCACCCUCCCACCUCCGCCCUCGCCCCCACUCUCCGAACCUCACAGGCACAGACUGUAAGAUGGGGUUUGAUGUUUCUGUUGCAAAAGAAAAUAACUAAAUCAAAACGUAGUUCACAUGUAAGAUGAAACAGUCUUUGAUCUAAUAUUUCAGUGUUGACUGGACCAGCGUUGUGUCUAAGAAGCAGUUGAAAAUCAAUUUCACCAUUUCCGAUAUGAGCCGUGCUUGAUUCAGCUCAACAUGUUGGUAGAAUCUUGUGAUCUUCAUUAUUAAUGCACUAUAUGUAGACUAAAAUCCUCAGUCUGCCCUCUACAGGAGGCUUCAAUGUGUGUCUGUCGUCUGAGGUGAUUCAUUUUUACUACUGUGGUCUCUUAAAGCUCCAACUUUCUCUGCGUGUGUUGUUCAACCACUAAAACUGGUGUAAAUGUUGGGUUUCCUGGGGUUAUGUUCCCUCUAAUUUCAUCUGUAUUUAACCAAUUGUUUAUUUUAAAGUUCACAACCACUCAGAAGAUUAUACAUACUACAUUUGGGAAACUAAUCGUUUUUCCACUUGCUGUUAACUUUUUCUGUCAGUUUGUUGUAACUUCCUCAAACGAAGGUUGGGAUUCUCAGCAGAUAAAAAUAGGAACAUCGUUUAAUGAGAGCGGUACGAAUAUUUGGUACAUACAGUUCAACCAAGAAGUUUGAAUUCUCUCAUCAUCUGCAUUAUUGUCAUUUUAUUUGGAUCUUAAGAUUUAUUUGAAGGUUUUUUUCCAGGGUGGAAUGAUUAUGCAACAAUUAACUUACGCUUCUCUUGUUGAUUAUCUUGGAUCAACAUGAGGCUUGAAUAUAGACAUGCACGCUCACUAAUAUUUUGCGUAAUAAUGCCUUUUAGUAAGCU